CGUUCCAACGUUCAAUGAAUAACAUUUUUUUUACGACAACGCGCAUAUAAAGCAUAAAGGUGAAAAAAAACACGUAAAAUUAAAUGAAUUUUAAGUUGAUCACGUAAAACAAUUAUACAUGGCGUGAUGUUACAUAUUUCAUGAAAAUAACGCAGAAACGCAGAAGACAAUUGGAAGUGAAGUUUCGAAUGGAAACGUUGCCAAUUCGACGUUUCAUUAUUGUAAUGUGCAUCCAUACGAAUACAUUGUCUGAAAAAACAUGUUACUUGUUGACAUGUUACUCGGCAGCAGGCAAAGAAACGUAUCGUAGAACGAAAAGCAAGAAUCCAUGCAAAUCCUGCAAUGAUCUAAUGAUCAAAUGAUCGUCGUGUAUCUCAGUGCCUUAGGUCUUAAAUUAAUCUUGAGAAACAAGCGGCGGUUGCUGGGUGAAUUCGUAUUUUUAAACGAAAUAGUCAGUUACCGAUAAGUGCAUCGGGAACGUUUCUCGUUUCAUUUCAGUGAUUUCAGUAAAUAUACUCGAUGUGUAAAAAUGAGCGAUAGUAAUAUCAUUUCCCAAAUAUAUCCAACAAACGAUUAUUACAUUUUCUCAAGCAUAGAAAAGAUGAGGAUUAAAUUUGAAAAACACGUGGGAGGACGGUAAAUUUCUGAUUAUGGCCGCUUGCCAUCCAACACCGGCGAUUCAACAUUUGCAACCACAGGAAUCGUCUCAGUUCGGCCUUGGACCUAUGAACGCUCUCGGUAGCCAAGGUCGGAAACCUCUUCACCAACCGCAUUAUCCGCCCCAUUUGCUCAAUUGGGUCUAUCUAGCAAUCGCCGAUCAAAAUUCUACUCAAACGCGAGAUCAGAACAAACUUGUUCCGACAAUCUGGAGCGGUUUUUCAACAACGACGUCACAAACUCAUUCUCAUCACGAUACACUCGAUCCUUCUUGCGCUAUAAGUGGCAAUUUUGCGGACAAUAUCAACGAACUUGCAGAUCGUUUCAGAGAAUUGGGUCUAUUAGAUAGAAAACCAACGAAAAGGCCACCACCUAGUUACCUCUGUCAUCUGUGUUUCAAGAAAGGUCAUUAUAUCAAAGAUUGUCCGCAGGCAAGACCAAAGGGUGAGGGUUUAACACCGUAUCAAGGGAAAAAACGAUGCUUCGGAGAAUACAAAUGUCCCAAAUGCAAACGCAAAUGGAUGUCGGGUAAUAGCUGGGCCAAUAUGGGCCAGGAAUGUAUUAAAUGUCAUAUAAACGUCUAUCCUCAUAAACAAAGACCAUUAGAGAAACCAGACGGAUUGGAUGUGUCCGACCAAAGUAAGGUCCAUCCGCAACAUCUCUGUCAAAAAUGUAAAACUCUUGGUUACUAUUGUCGAAGAGAUCAAUAAUAAUAUGCGAUAUACUAUAUAAUAAUCCACGACUGAUUAACUUUAACAAACAGAAAUAUAAAUUCAACGUACAUACUCGUCGUUCUUUUAAAUUCGUACAUGACCAAUGAUGUAUCUUCGUACCGAUGAAUCUUUCCUGAAAAUUUACCAUCACUACAACAUAUUAUAACUUAUUAUGAUAUCUGUUCGAAUCUCACAUAAUGUCGUAUUAUUCUAUUUUUUUUAUACAAUUAUUCACAACAGAUAAACCAUACGUAUAAUAUAUAUAUAUAAUAUAUAUUAUAUAAAAGUAAGUUCGAUAUCCUAUCCAAGCUUUUCUUUCAUUUAUUAUAACGAUUAUUAUGCGUUAAUCGAUCAUUUGUGAAUAAAGAAGAUCAGAAAACUCUCUCGUAAAAAAUAUUCUAAAACAAUCAUGUUUUUGUAAAAAAUCGAAAUGUAAUAUAUGUAUAAUAUAUAUAUUUAUAUAUAUAUACAUAUAUGUAUAUAUAAAACCAUACGUGACUACUUACUAUAAAACUAUGCGAGCGACCGUAUAAUUCGUCGAAGAAAGAAUAGAAAGUUUUUCGGUCAACGACUAUUCGUUCUUAUUAAUAUACGUUGGAUUUCAGAUUGUCCAUUUCUAAAUUUGUCUUGACUGGAACGCGCCGCGUCGCGCCUUCUUUCGAUGUUUUCGAUUCCGUCUCAUAGAGUCGAAAUAUUAUAUGCGUACACAUCUAUAAGUCUACAAAAUAAAAAAAUACGGGGACCGUAUUGUAUGUUUUCUAUAUUUAAAAAUUCAAGCAGCGCAGCUGCUUUUAAUAUUAUUUAACGCGUUUUCUUUGAUACAACAUUGUUUACAUUAAAAUGUCAAAUUGUUCUAACGAUUCCAAUUUUCGAUUACAAAUCUUGCAGAAAUUUGUAUUAUUGAAAUUGAGAUAAACUGUAUAUACACAGCAUAAUUAUUUGUGAUAAAAUUGCGAAAAAUCACAGGUAUGUUACAAGAUGUUCCAACUUGCUUCUUCUCUUGAGCUUAUGCAUUUCAAACUUUACAUAUUUGUAUGUACAUACAUACUUACAUAAAAGAUAGAGAAACGGAAAA